GAAGUAUUAUGCCCCGUAUUUAAAGAAGACCGCUGACUUGCGGCACAGAAAACAAGAUGGCGACUCGAAGGGCUCGAGUGGCCGUAGAAGCCCGCAACCCGGAAGUCUCAGAUUCCCCUUCAGAAAAAAGGUCCCUUCUGGAUGACAGUACCCAUGAUAAUGAGGUCUGGUGCCCUAAGCCAUACACCAUCUUCAAGUUAUUGCUAUCAGCCAGAUUCUGCUCAGCAUUCCUCAGCAAUAUUUCUGACUGUGAUGAGACAUUCAAUUAUUGGGAGCCAACUCACUUCCUGUUGUAUGGGUCAGGUUUCCAGACAUGGGAGUACUCCCCCUUGUAUGCUAUCAGGUCGUACGGAUACCUCACCCUUCACACCAUCCCUGGCUUGCUGCAGGUCCAUUUAUUAAAGGCCAACAAGCUGUUGGUAUUCUACUUUCUUCGGUUCAUCUUGUCUAUCGUGUGUGCUGCAUGUGAAACAUACUUCUACAGGGGUGUUAUCCAGCAGUUCGGUAGCUAUGUUAGUCAACUUGCUGCAGUAUUUAUUGUUUUCAGUACAGGGAUGUUUAUAUCUGCCGCUGCCUUUCUACCAAGUUCAUUUGCCAUGUACAUGAUGCUGCUGUCUUAUGGUGGCUGGUUUGCCGGGAACUACCCCGUUGCCAUAGUUACCACUGCCGCAGGUGCUCUGAUUGGCUGGCCUUUCAGUGCAGCUCUUGGGAUUCCAAUUGCUUGGGAUGUUGUCAUCAGACAAAGAAGAAUUCGUUAUUUCAUUGAGUGGUGCCUCAUUUCCCUUAUUGCCAUUUUGGGACCACUGGUAUAUGUGGAUACUUAUUUCUAUGGUAAAAUGGUCAUCACACCUUUAAAUAUUGUCAUGUACAACGUGUUUGGCAAAGGUGGACCUGACCUAUAUGGUGUUGAACCUUGGACAUACUACUUUAGGAAUGGUUUCCUGAACUUCAACAUUGUGUUUGUCUUGGCUUUUCUUGUCUUACCUAUUGUAAUUUUUUCUAAAAUAGUUAUGAGAAAAAGACAGGAAAGAAAGUUUCCGUCCUCUAUCCUACCAAUAUGGCUGCCUAUAAGUGGAAUGUACAUCUGGAUAGCAAUUUUUUUUACACGACCUCACAAGGAGGAGCGAUUCCUGUUUCCCAUCUAUCCAUUGUUCUGUUUAUUUGGAGCUGUCUCUUUAUCGGAGUUACAGAAGGUGUACCACUACCUGUCUGCACGUACAAGUAAGAGACACUAUUCCGCUUCGUCCACGUGGUUGGCGGUGUUUGUCGGGGUGAUCUUUUCAGCCGCCUCCCUAUCAAGAUCCAGCGCAUUGUUUUACGGGUAUCACGCGCCGCUUGACCUUUACCUUGAGAUGAACCACAUGAGCGAGAGGUUACACGAGACCCUGCGAGACAAACAGAUCAACGUGUGCGUGGGCAAGGAGUGGUACCGCUACCCCAGCAGCUUCUUUCUCCCAAAUGACAGGUGGCACCUUCAGUUUAUCAAAUCCGAGUUCCGUGCGCAACUACCAAAACCAUACGCACAGGGAUCCAACGCCACGUGGAUCAUCCCGACGGAGAUGAACGACAUGAACAAAGAAGAGCCCUCGAGAUACGUGUCCAUUAACAAAUGUCACUUCCUUGUGGAUCUGGACACUGGUACAGAAACCCCACUCGAACCUAACUAUUCCAGACAGAGCAAAGACUGGGAAGUGGUCGCUUCCAAACCAUUCCUUGACUCACAAAGGUCCCAUCCAUUCUUCCGCGCAUUUUACAUUCCGUUCAUAUCCGAACAGUUCACCCACUAUAGCAACUACAACCUUCUACAGUCGCUACGGCAGCGAAAGAAAUCGCGGAAAACGUCAGCAAAGAGGCAACCGACGUGAUUUAGGCCAAUGUGUCAUUUAAUAUGAAAAAAAAAGAGUUUAUAUGGGAAACAGAGAAUUUUUGAUGGACUCGGUGCAGACAUUGAGGAUUGAAAUGAGUACGGCCACACCUCAACGGAAAGUCUUCAAAAUUUCAAUGAGAAUGACUUUAACACUUGGAAAAUGUUGGUAUCUCGUGUUUAAUCGUUAAUAAAAAAUAGACCAUUUACUA